AUGGGAAAACAAUAAAAUUAACGUUAGUAUUCAGCACAAGCUUCAGAGUCAAACAAAAAGGAAUAUACAGACUUUGAAGAUAUGAAAAGCAUUUUUUAAUACACUCAUAGACGUAUGGGAUUAGGCUAUUCUGAAGAGUAAUUUGGAGAAAGUGCAGGUGUUGUGAAAGGAAUAACAAAAAAGUAAUUAGUAGGAAAUGACUUUGAUGCAAAGAAGAAAAAAGAACUAGAAAAAAAGAAAAAGGAAAGAGAAAUAAAAAGCCAAUUAGUGGCAAAAGAAAUAACUGGUAAAGAGACUGAUAAUAUUAAGGAAAACGAUGAAAAUAACACAUCUAAAAACUAGCAAUAAAUCACAGAAAGUAAUAAAAAUUUAGAUGAUGAUGAUUUUGAUGAAAAAGAAUCAAAAACAAGGUAGAUUCCUUCUAAAGAUAAAAAAAGAAACUUUGAAGUAGAAAUAAAAACCUCAAAAAAGAAAAAAGCAUAAAAGGCAUUUAAGAUCGUUUGA